AAAAACAUUUUUGCAUGCAAAAAAGGAUCAUUUUGGCUUAUCUGUUUUAAAAUCAAGGGUGGCACUCAAUGACUAAUCUACAAGAUUUCUUUGCUGACAUCUGAAGAACAAAGUGCUUUUCAACCUGUACUUCCGUAGCACUAUGACUAACUGUAAAGGCAGAUCUACCGUCUCCAAAACAAGUAGUAAAGUUCAUGACAGAGAAGGUUUUGUAAACUGGACCAUAAAUCUUAAUACAAUUCAGUCUGAUAAAUUUUUGGGACUGCUUUUGAGUAUGGUUCCUGUUGUUUACCAAAUAAACCAGGAUGAAAGACACAAAAAAGUGAAUGGUGUCUGGCAAGAUGGAUUACAACCAGCAGGACACAAUUUUAAUGUUAGGUCUGAACAACACACAGAGUACCAUCACUUCUCAGAACCGGGUUUUCAUGGUAGUAAUGGACACAGCCCAUCUAGCUGUAGCCCUAAAUACGAUAAUUUUACCAGUUAUAAUUACUGUGAUGGAAUGGACACUUCAGAAACAGAUGCUAUGUUGCAGGAAGACAAUCUAUCCAGUGACAGUAAUGAAGAUAUCAUUGUGGAAGGAAGUAGAAAACAACCCAAAGAAUCUAGUAGUAUUAUGGCAUUACAGAUACUCGUACCUUUUUUGCUAGCAGGAUUUGGAACUGUUUCUGCUGGCAUGGUUUUGGAUAUUGUACAGCACUGGGAUGUGUUCAAGAAUGUUACUGAAGUUUUUAUCUUGGUUCCUGCACUUCUUGGUCUCAAAGGAAAUUUGGAAAUGACCUUGGCAUCCCGGCUGUCAACUGCUGUAAAUAUUGGAAAAAUGGAUUCUCCCAUUGAGAAAUGGAACCUAAUAAUUGGCAACUUGGCCUUAAAACAGGUUCAGGCAACAGUAGUUGGUUUUCUGGCAGCAGUGGCAGCAGUUAUAUUGGGCUGGAUUCCAGAAGGCAAAUAUCGCUUUGAUCAUUCAGUCCUUCUGUGUUCUAGCAGCGUAGCAACUGCCUUCAUAGCUUCUCUUUUGCAAGGAAUAAUAAUGGUUGGAGUUAUUGUUGGAUCAAAGAAGACUGGUAUUAAUCCUGACAAUGUUGCCACUCCUAUAGCAGCAAGUUUUGGAGAUCUUAUCACUCUUGCUAUACUAGCAUGGAUAAGUCAGGGUCUUUAUACUUGCCUUGAAACAUAUUUCUAUGUAUCUCCUUUGGUUGGUGCCUUUUUUUUGGCUCUGACUCCGAUGGGGAUUGUCAUAGCUGCCAAACACCCAGCUACCAGAACUGUCCUCCAUUCAGGAUGGGAGCCUGUCAUAACUGCCAUGGUUAUAAGCAGUAUUGGUGGCCUUAUUCUGGACACAACUGUAUCUGAUCCUAACUUAGUUGGAAUUGUUGUUUAUACCCCAGUAAUUAAUGGUAUUGGUGGUAAUCUAGUAGCUAUUCAAGCUAGCAGAAUUUCUACCUACCUCCAUUUGCAUAGCAUUCCUGGAGAGCUGCCAGAAGAAGCCAAGGGUUGCUAUUAUCCAUGCAGAACUUAUUAUGGUACAGGAGUAAAUAACAAAUCAGCCCAAGUUCUGCUUCUUUUGGUGAUUCCUGGACACCUGAUUUUCUUGUACACUAUCCAUUUAAUGAAAAGCGGACACACUUCCUUAACUCCUAUCUUUAUAGCAGUAUAUUUGUUUGCAGCUCUGCUACAGGUGUUUACUCUGUUAUGGAUCGCUGACUGGAUGGUGCACCACUUCUGGAAAAAAGGAAAAGAUCCUGACAGUUUUUCUAUCCCUUAUCUUACUGCACUGGGAGAUCUGCUUGGAACUGCCUUAUUAGCGAUAGGUUUUCAUUUUCUGUGGCUCAUAGGUGACAGAGAUGGCGAUGUUGGAGACUAAUUAUUCCAAUGGAUGCAAUGACUUUUCCUGGAAUAUUGACAAGACCAAUCAUUCCACUUGAAGGUCCUCAACGUGAUCGUUCCGUUUGGUAUAAGUAAAUCAAGUUGACACAGUUAUAAAACAACCUUAAUGAUUUUAGUUUGGUUUGUUUUUUAAAAAACAGGAUGGAAAUAGGAGGAUACUUGAGACCUUUACUCUGAAACCGAGGUGGAUUGCUGCUAGUUGAAAAUAUCUGAGUAGACACAAUGAAGGGCAGAUCAAUCCUUUAUCAAGUUUUACAUUUUUAAAAGGUCUGGUCUUUUAAAAGAACAGUUCCUUACCUGCAUUGCAAACAAGAACAAUCUCUAAUUGCUCAUUCAGUGGUGAUGAAGAAGAGGGUAAGACCCAGUCAGUGGCUUGCCUUGUCUUUCCCUCCCGGGAACAAAGUGGGUAUAUAUUUUCAUCUUACCACAGAAGGGGUUAGUAGACCUCAGAUGAAUUCAGUUUCAUAGACAUUAGUUGAUCAUAUGUUCUUAUCUUACAAUUUCA